CAGUGUGUCUGCGGAAUGAGUUGCACCGAUACAACACCGGAGUAAUAUUUGAACGUGCAGUGCGCGUUCGUUUGGUGUGCGUAUUGCACGCUUCCUUGCCAGCCUUCAGAAUACCGUCACUGCAUUUUGAACAAAUCCAAACUAGUAUCCGUAGCAAUGCACUCAAAAUAAUUUAUAAAAUAAGUGUGAUAUUUAAAGUGAUAUUUUAUACAGAAAUUUAUUAUUUAUCGUAAAAGUGUUAUUAUUUAAAAUGAUUAAGUUUAUUUUAUUUGUUGCUGUUUUAAACAAUAUUUGUUAUAGUGAGGCGGUAAAUUUUUCGGGAGGACCGAAGUCAAACUAUACUUUUCCGAAAAAUUUUGUCUUUGGCGUUUCCACCGCCGCCAUACAGAUAGAGGGUGCUUGGGAUGAAGAUGGUAAGACUGAAAGUAUAUGGGACCAUUUAGUCAAGACAAAUCGAAGCUUCGUAAGAGAUGGGUCCACUCCUGCGGUCGCCGCUGAUUCCUACCACUUAUACAAACGUGACGCAGAGAUGAUCCAUGAACUGGGCGUUGACAUUUAUCGUUUCUCUAUUUCUUGGCCCAGGAUAUUGCCCAACGGUCUAGCGAACGGUGUGAACAACCUCGGCAUUCAGUAUUACCGUAAUCUUAUAAAUGAACUCGAGAAGUAUAAAAUUACCCCGAUGGUAACGAUAUACCAUUGGGAUCUCCCGCAGAGGCUCCAAGAUAUCGGAGGGUGGACAAACGCACACAUAGUCGAUUAUUACACAGACUACGCUAAUGUUUUGUUUGAGAACUUCGCUGAUAAGGUUAAAUACUGGGUGACUUUCAAUGAGCCGAUGCAGACUUGUUUAGAAGGUUACGGUGGGACAUACAGGGCACCAGCGAUCAACAGACAUGGCAUUGCUGAGUAUCUUUGUACGCACAAUCUCUUGAAAGCUCAUGCUAGCGUAUACCACUUGUUCAACAGACAGUACCGGCCUGUAUACGGAGGCAAGAUUGGAAUGUCCCUAGAUUCUAACUGGGCUGAACCGAAAACGAAUUCUACCAGUGAUAUUAAAGCAGCUGAAUUAUAUCUGAGAACUCAUCUGGGUUGGUACGCGCAUCCAAUAUACUCGAGUGAAGGCAAUUACCCUCCAGAAUUAAUUAAAUUAGUUGACGAGAAGAGCCGACAACAAAAUUAUUCUCGCUCCCGGUUACCAAAAUUUACACCUGAAGAAGUGGAAUUUAUAAAGGGAACAGCUGAUUUCUUUGGACUCAAUCAUUAUACUACAUACUUAUUGAGUAUGGCGGAUGAAGAGGUGGGGCAAAUCCCAUCUCAUGAAAAUGACGUUGGUAUAGUUCGAGUCCAAGACCCUAACUGGCCGUCAAUGUCAUCGUCAAGUUGGUUGAAGGUCGUACCCUUCGGCUUCCGUCGUCUCUUAGCCUGGAUCACUAAAACAUAUAACAACAUCCCGAUCAUUGUCACUGAGAACGGUUACGCUGACUAUAGUGGUACAGAUGAUAAGGCCCGAGUCACAUACUACUGUCAUUAUUUGAAUGCCCUGUUACAUGCGAUUCAUGAAGACAAGAGUAACGUGCAAGGAUACUUCGCUUGGAGUCUGAUGGAUAACUGGGAGUGGGAUGAUGGUUUUGUGUCCCGCUUCGGUCUUUACUUGGUUGACUUCAAGAGCCCGAAUAAAACGAGGACGGCUAAGGAUUCGGCGCGCCUCUACUCUAGCGUCGUCUCUACGAGAGGAUUACCGCAAGACUACGACCCCGAAGACUACGUUGCCUUCUCUGGGGCGCCGACCCUCCUCAUACCCACUGUCCUUCCUCUCAUACCGCUCUACAGACUAAUUAUCUGAACGAUUCUGUAGUUUUUAUAUUUUACGUAUGUAAACUAUAAUAAAAUUAAGUAUUUAAUA